AUGGACGACAAUGCAUAUCCUUCGAACCAGAUCCCAGCGACCUUCGCUUCUGCUCCUCCACCUCCGCCUCCAAAGCAUUUCCCUUCUCUGUCCUUACAGCGUCUCCCCUCCCUCUCUAGUGCUUUGAAGCCCUUCUCUCCCGUCUCUCCAGUUCGACGCAAACCUCUGCCAUCCACCGCCAGUCCUGUCUUCCGCUCUCCUGAGGGAACUAUUCAACGGAAGCCGGUUCAAACUUCAGCCUUGGUCUAUCAGGAUCAACCGGUCCAACAAUUUACACCCCCAACGCCUAAACGUAGGAAUACAGACGAGCUCAGCUUGACACGGUCAAGUACCAACGGGUCAUCGAAUCAGACCUCAAGCGAACGACAAGCUCCUCUCCCUGGCUACAGUCACAGUAUCAAAAGGUCCAAUGGUGUUUCUAUAGAAGAGGCUAUUCAAGAGGAGGACAUGGCGCUCAAGGUCGGCAACCGGCCUGCGCCCCUGAGGACCGACUCUUCAUCUUCCAUCAGGUCCUUAUCCGCGACGGACGCGAAGAAGCCACAAACCCCGGGCAGUAAAUUCACCUCGUUCUUCACGCGCAAACCCUCGGCAUCUCCCAGUGCCGAGUCUGCAGUUACAGACAUCUCGGACAGGAGAUCCCCACUCGCUUCGCCUUAUGCCAAUGGCUCACCGCAACCCUCUAGCUAUCAUUUCCCUUCUAGUCAAUCUCACCCGCGUCCACCACAGUCUCAGACGUCGCAAGACUCGAUUGAGUUUGAUCCAGGUUCUUAUGUCCGAUCCUCGUACCACAGCGAUGCUGCUGCCAAAUGUCUACAAUUGGAGGCUGAAUUACGCGAGAUCAGCACGGAAUUGGCUGGUUCAAUAAAACGCGAGAUGGACCUAGAGGAUCUGGUUGAUAGACUUCAAGCAGAAUCAUCAACCACCCGUGAAGCCGAUCGUACCAGCGAUUACUUCUCCGAUUCUGGAACGAGUUCCAUUCGACCUUCGACUGUCGAAGACCCAAAGGAUGAGAUCCAAAGAAUCAAAAGGGAGGCUGAACAGCUCCGAGCACAACUCAAGGUGGAAAUGUCUCAGAAGUGGCAAUCUGAACGUUCCAGUCGCCAAGCCAUGGAGGCCCAUAUUCAAAUCCUUGAACAAAAGCUUUCCCAGAAUCGUCGCGACACUAGCCAGUCGGCUGAUAUCAACACAAAGGCCAAGGAAUUGGAAGUCGCGCUUGAUGAUGCGAGGCGGCGAUUGACGGAGGAGAGGCAAACCAAAGAGAACUUUGAGGAUCUACUCACAGCUCUACGAGUGGACUUGGAACAACAUCGCAAUGACCGAGACAACUUGCGCGAUGAAGUUGUGCCCCAACUACGGUCGCAGAUCGAAGGUCUGGAGGCGAACCUGUCUGAAUCUCAAAAAUCGCCCUACGAAUUUUCUCGCAUGCAGCAAGAGAUCCAGAGUCUCAGAGAUGAGAAUGCAGCUCUUCAAAGUGCGCGAUCCAUGAAUAUGCAAUUCCGCUCAAUUGCUGAGGAAGACGAUGGCCUAGUCGAGUCUCCUCGCAGUUCGAUGAUUCAGCCUCGUACUGGUGGCCUGCAGCGAUCUACCACAGUUCACAUCAACCGGUCUACCAGCAGAGCGACAGCCAAUCGAUCAAACUCUUUGUCGCGCUCAAACUCGAUAGUUAAUCGUGCCGUGCCUGAUUCCCAACAAUCAGUGGCUGACCAGCUCAAAGAUGUUACUCAACAGCGAGACGCGUUGCACAUGACCGUGAAGUAUCUUCUAAGGCGGCAGGACCACCAGCGGCGGCAAUUUGAGAAGAGAUUAAAGCUUACAGAAGCAGAACGCGACCGGGCCAGUUCUGUCAACCAAGCCCAUAAAGGAGGUUAUGAACGUGAAGUUCGGACUUUACGAUCAGAGAUUAAUCUCUUACGGAAAAGGGCAGAUGAUGCGUUGGAGCAAAAGUGGCAGCUAGAGAAGGGUCUUUCCGGUUUCAAGAUGGAUCUGGACCGCAGCAAACAAGAAACUGCAAGCCUACACACACUCUUACAGGCACGGGAUGAAAGCGCACCUGAAGUCUUGUCUUCAACGCUAGAAAAAGCCUUGACGCAGCUCAAGCAACAACGUGAACAGGCCCGAGCUCAAGAGACCUUGGGUUCUCUGAAGCAGGAGCAAGAGCUUUCCAACGAACUGGAAAAGUCGGCACAACGAUCGGAAGAAUUGGCCAGCCAGGUCCGACAACAGAUGCAAGCCAAUGCGGCCCUGAGAACCCGGCUUCAGGAAGCCAUCGAACGUGGUGAGAGCAAUCAAGCCGCCUCAACGGACCAGAUCAAUGAUCUUCAAGGCAAGCUUCGAAGCUUGGAAGAUGUGAUUACUGUUGCUCAGAUGCAAUCGGAAACCGCCGUGAUGAAACAUGAGGAAGAAGUCCGCGUGUUGAGAGCCAGCCACAAUAUUCAGUUGAUGCGGACCAAAUCUGGACGCAAGACACCCGGAUUACUUACUCCCGAUCCACGCUCACCUAUCUCACCUAUGUUUGCCAACAGCAAGAGAAGCCCCAGACUUGAUCAGACUACGACUGGACCAGGCGUGAAUUUACAGCAGGCAUUGAAGACCGAGUAUCUGGAAAAUAAGGUUGCCGAGCUCGAAAAAGCACUCGCGGAGGCUGAGAAAGAAAUGGGUGAGGUUGUGGGACGCAUGAACACUGCUCAGAUCGGCGUGGCUGAGCUCGAGUCAGAGAGGGAUGAGGCACUUCGACAAACUCGUAGGCUGGAAGUGGCCAUCGCAGCCGAACGAGACAAAGUGCAGACAUUGAUUGAUUACGACUAUUCUUAUAAUUCGGAUUACUAG